CAUGCGCCCCCAACGACGACGCUCAACGCACCGGCUCACUGUCCGCCAUGUCCACAAACUCCAUCAAGCUGCUCACGGGCAACAGCCACCCCGUUCUUGCAAGGCUGGUAGCUGAGAGGCUUGGAAUCGAGUUAACCAAGAUCCUCGUCCUGCAGUACUCGAACCAAGAAACCUCUGUGACCAUUGGCGAGUCUGUUCGCGAUGAAGAUGUCUUCAUCCUGCAAUCCACCGCCCCCGGCGACAUCAACGACGGCCUCAUGGAACUCCUCAUCAUGAUCAACGCCUGCAAAACCGCCUCCGCGCGCCGCAUCACCGCCGUCAUACCAAACUUCCCCUACGCGCGGCAGGACAAAAAGGACAAAUCUCGGGCGCCAAUCACCGCGAAGCUCAUGGCCAACAUGCUGCAGACGGCCGGCUGCAACCACGUCAUAACAAUGGACCUCCACGCCAGCCAGAUCCAGGGCUUCUUCAACGUUCCAGUGGAUAACCUAUACGCCGAACCCAGCACGCUGCGCUGGAUACGGGAGAAUUUGAAUGUCAAGGACUGCGUUAUCGUUAGCCCGGAUGCUGGAGGUGCGAAGAGAGCUACCUCCAUCGCCGACGGCCUCGACCUUGGCUUCGCCCUGAUCCACAAAGAGCGCGCACGCCCCAACGAAGUCUCGAAAAUGGUGCUCGUCGGCGACGUCAAAGACCGCACCGCCAUCAUCGUCGACGAUAUGGCCGACACGUGUGGCACGCUGGUCAAAGCCGCCAGCGUCGUCAUCCAGCACGGCGCUAAGGAAGCCAUUGCGAUCGUCACCCACGGGAUUCUGAGCGGCAACGCCAUCGAGCAGCUGAACGGCAGCAUGCUGAAGAAGGUUGUGGUGACGAACACGGUGCCGCAUGAGGAGAAGAAGGAGCGGUGCUCGCGGCUCGAGACGAUUGAUAUAAGUCCGACGCUGGCAGAGGCGUGUCGGCGGACACAUAAUGGGGAGAGUGUGUCGUUUUUGUUUAAGCAUGCGCCAUUGGAUUAGAGAUCAUUUUGCUGGCGUUGGUGGGUUAAGGGCAUAGCGGGCGAUGAUCAAUAAUUAUGCGUUUGAGCUUGUAUACAAUAAAAGGUCUCUAUUGGGCCAUACGUUAAACAUCUUUAGCUUAAAAGUUCUUCCUUUUGAGUUUAAAGUUAUCGCUAUGAUACGUAUGUAUGUUCUCUCGUCAUCGG